UCGGUGUUGUCUUCUGGGUCUAGGCCAUUGUUAUCAGUUGUCGAUGUAAAAUGGCUGUCGUUGAGAUUAGAGACGUACAAUUAAUCGACUAAGAACGGAGAAGUAUUCAUACUACACUGUCAAAGCGUCGGAGUGGUAUAGUUUAUCAUAUAAUUAAAAGGAGCAGUGGUGUGGAGAAGCAACCAUGGACACCACUACAUCCAUAAAGAUGACCACUCUGGCCAUCCAGAACCUCUUCAGCUACGUGGAAGAGGAGAACCUGGCCGCGGUCAAAGCCCACCUGGAGAAGUUCAAGGAGGUGGAUGGGAGGAGCGAUAAUGGGCAGACACCGCUGAUGCUCGCCUCGGAGCAGGGCAGUCUGGAGAUCGUGCAGGAGCUCAUCAGGAGGGGCGCUAACGUUAACCUGGACGAUGUGGAUUGCUGGACGGCUCUUAUCUCGGCUUCCAAAGAGGGUCACCUGGAGGUCGUGAAGGAACUGCUGGAGAACAGUGCCUACAUAGAGCACAGAGACAUGGGAGGCUGGACAGCCCUCAUGUGGGCAGCGUACAAGGGCCGCGUGGAGGUGGCCACCGUUCUGCUUGAGAAUGCGGCCAAUCCCAACACCACAGGACAGCAAUACAGCGUAUACCCCAUCAUCUGGGCAGCCGGGCGAGGCCACUCAGAGAUCGUUAGCCUCCUGCUUCAGCACGGAGCCAAAGUCAACUGCUCUGACAAGUAUGGCACCACUCCUUUGAUCUGGGCGGCCAGGAAGGGCCACUUCGACUGCGUGAUGCACCUGCUGGAGAACGGCGCCGACGUGGACCAGGAGGGGGCGAACUCCAUGACGGCCCUGAUCGUGGCGGUGAAGGGGGGCUUCACCGAGGUGGUGAAGGAGCUGCUGAAGAGGAACCCCAACGUCAACAUGACCGACAAGGACGGCAACACGGCCCUCAUGAUCGCCGCCAAGGAGGGCCACACCGAGAUCGUGCAGGACCUGCUGGACGCCGGCACCUACGUCAACAUCCCCGACAGGAGCGGGGACACGGUGCUCAUUGGAGCGGUGCGGGGAGGACAUGUCGAGAUCGUGCGCGCCCUGCUGCACAAAUACGCCGAUAUCGACAUCAGGGGACAGGACAAUAAGACUGCGCUGUACUGGGCUGUGGAGAAGGGCAAUGCUACCAUGGUGAGGGACAUUCUGCAGUGCAACCCAGAUACAGAGACCUGCACCAAGGACGGAGAGUCUCCCCUUAUCAAGGCGACCAAGAUGAGGAACAUUGACAUUGUGGAGCUGCUCCUGGAUAAAGGGGCUAAGGUGUCUGCUGUAGACAAGAAAGGGGACACGCCGCUCCACAUUGCCAUUCGCGGGCGGAGCCGCAAGCUGGCCGAGCUCCUCCUGAGAAACCCUAAAGACGGGCGGCUCCUUUACCGGCCCAACAAGGCCGGGGAGACGCCCUACAACAUCGACUGCAGCCACCAGAAGAGCAUCCUCACACAGAUCUUUGGAGCAAGGCACCUGUCCCCCACGGAGUCGGACGGGGACAUGCUGGGGUAUGACCUGUACAGCAGUGCGCUGGCAGACAUUUUGAGUGAGCCCACCAUGCAGCCGCCCAUCUGCGUGGGCCUGUACGCCCAGUGGGGCAGCGGCAAGUCCUUCCUGCUCAAGAAACUGGAGGACGAGAUGAAGACGUUCGCGGGGCAGCAGGUGGAGCCUCUGUUCCAGUUCUCCUGGCUGGUGGUGUUCCUGUCUCUGCUGCUGUGUGGCUCUGUGGCCCUGGUGCUGGGCUUCACCGUGGACCCCAAGCUGGCCAUCGCCGUGUCCCUCAGCCUGCUGGCCCUGCUCUACGUCUUCUUCGUGGUGGUGUACUUUGGCAGUCGGCGGGAGGGAGAGAGCUGGAACUGGGCUUGGGUCCUGAGUACUCGCCUGGCUCGUCACAUUGGGUACCUCGAGCUGCUGCUCAAACUGAUGUUUGUCAACCCGCCGGAGCUUCCAGAGCAGACCACCCGGGCCCUGCCUGUCAGGUUCCUGUUCACGGAUUAUAACCGCCUCUCCAGCGUGGGGGGGGAGACCUCCAUGGCGGAGAUGAUCGCCACGCUGUCGGACGCUUGCGAACGAGAGUUCGGCUUCAUGGCCACCAGGCUUUUCCGCGUCUUCAAGACAGAGGACACUCAAGGGAAGAAGAAGUGGAAGAAGACUUGCUGCGUUCCGUCAUUCGUCAUCUUCGUCUUCAUCCUGGGCUGCCUGAUCACGGGGAUGACUCUGCUGGCCGUGUUCAAGGUGGACGGGCAGAACCGCACGGUGAACGCCGUGCUCAUCGCCAUGGCGAGCGUGGUUGGCCUGGCCCUGCUGCUCAACUGCCGCACCUGGUGGCAGGUGCUGGACUCGGUGCUCAACUCUCAGAGGAAGAGACUGCACAGCGCCGCCAACAAGAUGCACAAGCUCAAGAGCGAGGGCUUCAUGAAGGUGCUGAAGUGCGAGGUGGAACUGAUGGCCAAGAUGGCUAAGACCAUAGACGGUUUCACCCAGAACCAGACCCGCUUAGCGGUCAUCAUUGAUGGUUUGGACUCGUGCGAGCAGGACAAAGUCCUACAGAUGCUGGACACGGUGAGGGUGCUGUUCUCCAAGGGCCCCUUCAUCUCCAUCUUCGCCAGCGACCCCCACAUCAUCAUCAAGGCCAUCAACCAGAACCUGAACAGCGUGCUGCGCGACUCCAACAUCAACGGGCACGACUACAUGCGCAACAUCGUGCACCUGCCCGUCUUCCUCAACAGCCGAGGCCUCAGCAGCGCCAGGAAGAUGUGCGCGCCCGCCCCCGCCCCCGCCAAUGGAGACGUCGGCAACUCCGAGGGGUGGCAUGAAGACCUGGACAGGAAGCUUUCCCAGCACAGCCUGGGCGAGCUCACCAAGGUCGGCAGCAAAACCACGCUCACCCGAAGGGACACCUACCGCCGCAGGCAGAUGCAGCGGACGGUCACGCGUCAGAUGUCGUUCGACCUGACCAAGCUGCUGGUCACCGAAGACUGGUUCAGUGACAUCAGUCCCCAGACCAUGAGGAGGCUGCUCAACAUCGUGUCCGUCACAGGCCGGCUUCUGAGAGCCAAUCAGAUCUCCUUUAACUGGGACCGCCUGGCGUCCUGGAUCAACCUGACGGAGCAGUGGCCCUACAGGACGUCCUGGCUCAUCCUCUUCCUGGAGGAGACGGACGGAAUCCCCGACCAGGCCACGCUCAAAUCCAUAUACGAGAGGAUCUCGAAGAACAUCCCCACCACCAAAGACGUGGAGCCCCUGCUGGAGAUCGACGGGGACGUCCGCAGCUUUGAAGUCUUCCUCUCCUCCCGGACCCCCAUCCUGGGAGCACGCGACAUCAAGACUUUCCUGCCCUGCACCGUCAACCUGGACCCCAAACUCCGGGAGAUCAUCUCAGAUGUGCGUGCGGCCAGAGAGCAGGUGACCAUUGGAGGUCCCUAUCCCACGCUGCCCCUGCAGGAAGCCCCGCCCCGUGCCCCCUCCGUCUUCAGCCAGCACUCGUCGGCCUGCUCCCCCACCGCCUCCUUCACCGGCCCCUUCAACCCCCCCGGCGUGGUGUCCCCCCAGCCGCACAGCAGCUAUUACAGCGGCAUGACCGGCCCCCAGCACCCCUUCUACAACAGGCCAUAUUUCCCUCAUCAUGUUUAUCAGCUGCCAAGGCAGUACAUUGGCAGCACCCAUCAUUUCCUGCCACGCCCACCCAUUAAAACUGCGUUUCCCAGGGAUCCAAGCAAUGGACUUCAGUUUAAGUUUCAGUAUCUCAAACCGAAACAGGGUUCUGCCUCCAUCGUGUCCGGCGGCACCGUGACCCUGCUGAGCUCCAUGAACACCGAUGCCGUGUGCGACCGGGUCAAGCAGAUCGACGGCAUCGACCAGAGCAUGCUGACGCAGUACACCGCCACCAUCAAGAAAGCUAACGUGAAUGGAAGGGUCCUCUCCCAGUGCAACCUGGAUGAGCUCAAGAAGGAAAUGAGCAUGAAUUUCGGGGACUGGCAGCUGUUCCGAGGAGCGGUGAUGGAGCUGCGUCACGUGGAGGCCCAGGUGAUGCACGAGGGGGCCGGCAGCGAACAGGGCAGCAGCGUCGCCGGUCACAUGGACCCGGCACGGCGAUCCGGGCCUCCGCACCACGAGAAUCCCGACGCCUCGCCCAUGUAUAGCUUCAACCUGAGCUUCGAGGAGCUGAGCAACGUGGGCCUGGAGGAACCUCCGCGGCACAGCGCCAACCCCCCCUGGACAGCCACGACACACAGGACUCCCAGCAUGUCCAGCCUGAACUCCCAGGAGUCGUCCAACGACAUCUGCAAGCUGACGGACAAGCAGCAGGCCGAGUACCGCAACGCGUACCAGGAGUACAUCGCCCAGAUGUCCGGAAUGGAGGCGUCGGGCAGCGUGGGGGAGAAGCCGGUGCAGCCGCACCCGGGCCAGUUCAUGCACUCCUCCUCCGACGACAAGGGGAAGGAUGGAGCAGAGGCGGACGGGCGUAAGCCCUACUCCAAGAGAGCGGGCGUCAAGGCCCCGGAGCCGGCCGACUUCGCCUCUCCCCCCGCCUCGGCCGCCGACGCCCCGCCGCUCGACCCCAUCACCGAGGAGGACGAGAAGCCCGACCACGCAUCCUCCAAGGCCGCCCCGGGCCGCAAGUCGUCCGGGGAGAGGGCGGGCCUCUUCCAGGGAGCGGACCUCAAGCUGAAGGGCGCCGGCCUGCGCUACCAGAAGCUGACCAGCGACGACGACGAGUCUGAAGAGUCGGACAACGCCCCGCUCCUCGGCGACGGGAAGAAGCCGGACCCCAACUCCGGGGACGCCGCCCGACCCCUGGCCAAGGGGAAGGAGUACCUCUCGGACGCCAUGCUGGACAAGAAGGACUCGUCGGAUUCGGGCGUGAGGUCCAGCGAGAGCUCGCCCAACCAUUCCCUGCAGGACGAGGAGGCCGACCUGUCCCAGCUGGAACGGGCCAACCUGAUCGAGCUGGACGAGGAGAGCCUGGCCCGCAAGAGGGGCAUCAGCCUUCCCCACAGCCUGAGCGGCCUCCAGGACCCCACCGUGGCCCGCAUGUCCAUCUGCUCCGAGGACCAGUGCAGCCUCCUGGCCAGCAGCCCGGAGGAGAGCUGGCCCUCCUCCAAGACCUUCAACCUGAACCGGACGGCCAGCAACACCACCCUCAACAACAACUCCAACGCCCAGCAGGGCAACCAGCGAGGGCCCCCCGGCGAGGGCUCCACCACCGCCCCCGAGGUGAUCGUGGCCCCCUCCACCGGCACCGCCAACUCCACCGCGCCCGCCGUCGACAACGUGCGGGUGGUGCACCUGAAGAGGAGCAUGAACCCUGGGGAGGCACCCGAGAUCCACGUCGUCUCCACCUCCGACACGGUCACCUUCGGAGAGGAGCGGGAGAGCAUCCUGUGAACACCCGGGUCUCCCCCUGGUCUAGGUCCGGGUGGUCGAUGAAUCAACGGUGCAUGCGUAGUAAAAUCGAUAGGUAGUUGGACGUAAAAAAAUAAAACCUAAAAAACCUUGCAUGUUUUUGGGUCUAUACUUGUAAGGUAGUAUGUCAAAGUGCAGUGCAGUAUUAAUUCUUAAGUGCAGGUUUAAGAAUAGGUUUUUUGUUUAUUGGGGAAGUAGUGCAUGUUUGUAGCUUGUAUUAUUAGCUGGAAAAAAACAGCUAUGCCAAGCAUGUUCAUGCUUAAACUAAACCGAUUAACUCCUGCAUGAGAGAAACGUAUUUUGAAAAGCACUUCGUGUUAGACCUAUUUAUGGUUGCUAAUGUCAUUGAGAUGUGUCUGCAGAGAUCUGUAUUGGGCUUGUGAAGUGGUAGUUAAGAGAAAAUUGUGGACUUUCUCAUGUAAAAUGGCUUAGUGUGGUGUUAAAGAGUAAAUACAUACUUCAAAUUGCAUGUCCAGUGUGGCUCAUACAGUUUUGCAACGUUUUUAUGUUUAGUGAUUUAGAUUAAUUGGCAAAAUGUAGAGUGCUUUAGCAAUGUUUAAAAUGUGCUUAAUUUGACGCCUUAAAAGGGUAAACUGGUGUUUUCCCAUGCCAAAAGUGUAAGGUGUAACUUAGCUGUGGGCUUCUUGUUGGUUUAAACGUUCAUAUAUUUGUGACCUCCAAAAUGCACGGUCAGGCGUAACUUUAGUGGAACCUGCAUGCUGCUGUGUAUUUUACGUUGUAAUAAAACUGUAAAUCCUUGCAUUUGCGUAAAAUGUUCGUUUUUUUUUUUCCAUGCAACAUACUGCGGCUACCUGUGGUUUACUCUUGUGCUGGACGUAGCCUACCACUAACACGAAUGUACUGUUCUUAAAAUUUCCGAUGGACAUUGUGAUGUUGUUGUGCUUAAGAAGUGAAAAAUAAAUGUCAGUGUUAAACUAA